AAAAAACUCACCUCGACCGAUUACUACACAGUACAAUUCAUAUACGUACACGACUUGUAUAUAUAUUCCCUUUACCGAUGUUGAACUCAAAAUCACAUGCAAAUGACGGCGACAAGAUCCGCACUUAAAGAUUCCAAUUGAGAUUCGAACUUUGCACGUAUCUCGCUUGCUCUCUCGCUGUUUGGUAAUUAAAGCUGCUUGGGAAGAAGGCAAUGAAGGCAAAAAAAAAAAAAAAAAAAUAAAAUAAAGGAAGGGAGGUGGAGGAAGCUUAAUAAACACAUACCAGAGUAACUGUUUGAGCUGAGAGGCAACCACAAUGAAUAGACAGACAUUCCUUACCGUGGGCAAUUAGAAAAUGAGUUCAAGCGAACGCGCCAACUCGCACCAAGUUGCGCCGAGUCAUAGAUCAACGUUCAUGAUAAGCAGACACCACAGCAGCAGCAACAGCAACAGCAACAGCAGCAGCAGCAGUUGGAGCACUCUCCGAGCACACACAAGUUUUGCUCUAAUCGGAGCACUUCUUUACUGUGUGUCGAUGCCAAUGAUCAUUUUGGCCGAUCUCCGCUGCCGACUGCAUUCCCCCCUCGGGCGCCAUUCCAGCAACUGGGCAACUGAGCAGCAGCAUCAUCAUGAGAUCGAGACUCCGACUCAGUCUGAGACUGAGACUCGACUCCAGUCGCGUCGAGUCAUGGCAUCGUUUGCUGUUUUAUGCCUCUCCUUCUUCCUCUUCCUCUAG